AUGUCUUCUACGCCCGUCACCUGCAGCAGGAAGAGAAGCCUGCUUCGAACGUUUGGGUCUCUCCGAAGGCACAGGGACCUGGGUCCUUACUCUCCUUCUACUGCUGCUCAGCCUCAAGGUGGGUGCGUGCGUUUGUCUUCAUUGCAUGCUGUCGGCAUACUGAUUCAGGAGGCACCCCCAGCCGUGACACCGACCAAGGUGAAUCACCAACGCCGGCAAGCAAACAGGCCAAGCUCGCCAGGGCUGCCGCCAGGGGCUGCAGGAGAGGCCGGAUGCGUUUUCAAAAGUGAUCCCGGCUCAUACGGCUGCUCCGCAACUCCACGUACGAAUGUCGACACCACCCUUACACGGCCGCCCACCUGUCCAGACCAAGAUGUUGGCAGGCCUCUAAUCUCCCCCUUUUCUAUGCACCCAGUCCUUCUCUUGCAUUCGGGACAAACGGACGAAAACUGCGUCAGCUCCACCACUCACAGAAGCUCGCUCAGCGUUCCUCGUUUGAAUACAAUGACUCGCCAUUCGCGUCGCUACACCACCAACUCGUUGCAGUGGGAAAGGACGGGUGACCUUUUGAAACUUGUCGACACCCCCAUCAUGACCUCGGUGGACAGCUCGACGCGCGAAAAUGGUCUUCCGGUCGGGGAUGAUGGCCAUCCCAAGACAGGAACGCCGGAGAAACCCGUCGCUCAGAGAAGGCUGUUUGCCCCGAGCCCGGAGCACAGCUCUCGGGUGGCGAGCGCCGAGGAAAUCAAAGACAAGGUCCAGGAAAUGCUAGCGGCAAUAGAUGCUCUCAAGCCCAGCAAAUCACCAGCGGUAAUCAAUGGCUCUCGCUUACUUCCGCGGAUAACACAAUCAAAAGUGUUCAACAAGGUCUCCCAUGUUUUCGGCCGGAUAUGCCAUAAAUCAACCGAAAUUGGCGUCAGGGUAUCUGCCGAGGACAGCAAACCGCAAACCGACGAGAUGAAGGCUCCUUUGACUCGGCCAACCGGCGCAGCGAACGCCAGCCAGGCCUCGGUCAGUUCCUCGGAAAUCAGGCGCAACGAGGAGGAUAACCUUGAGCUCAAAAAGGAAAAGCUCGAGAAAAUGAUUGGAAGCCACCUAUUCCGAGGGUCGGCCGACUCGAGAGAAUGUCCUGUGCUGAACCGGCAACCCCACGGGGCAAUUCUUGAAGGCUCAGUGGCAAGCCAGAAUCACGCUGGAGCAGGAAAACAUGGGUUCCAAGACGACAACAUGGCUUCUUCUGCACCAUCCCCUAAUCCGUUCGACGCUGAAGAUGACUUUGAAAGCAAUCUUGAAGAAGGCAUCUUGCAUGUGUCGCCGGCGGGCUCGUCAACGCCACGGAUACGAAUCAACCGAGCUUCCGAGUCCACCCUGGAUGAUGUCUCGAUGGAUGAUGACAUGAGCGCGUCAAGUGUCGGCCAAGUUAAUCUCGCAAGGAUUGUCAAGCUGGACAAGCAAUGCCCCGAAAGCCAACAAGUGCGCCGGGUGAAUUUCCGAUCCGCCGUCGACGAGCAGAGAGCAGGGCGUGAUGUUGGCUGGGUGAAGAAGCAUCCCUCGCCGAGUAAAGGAGAUCUGGAGAAGCUGGAGCUUGCGUUACGGCGCUAUCAGCUGUCGCGGGAGGUAGCUCGGCAUGACACGACUGAUGAGCUUGCUGCCAACGACACUCUGGCUUCCGAGGUGUUGGCUGUCAGAGAUCAGAACAAGAAGAUGCAGACUCUGGGACAAGGCGGCGCACAUUCCAAGUCAGGCUAG